AUUCCAUUAAUUACAUCUAUCAUUCCAUUCCAUCUUGAGAAGAUGCAUUUCAUGUUUCGAUGUGCAGUCACAACGUUUGGCGCCCAGUGGUGAAGACAGCUGCAGUCUUGCACACCAUGAAGCCUGGCUGGUUGUCGAAAGCAAAAAGGCAAACCCUGACAGGCCGCAAAUGCUCUCCAGGCUGCAACUGACACACUCUGCGAGGGUAAAGGAACUGUGCCGGAUGUCGCCUGUGGUAGCCAUGGAAAAGUAUCCGUACCUGGCGGACAUAGAAUGGUUCCUUGAAGACUUCAACAUCCUUAUAAAGAAGGAUGGCGCAAAACGUGUUGAAAGCGGCUUCGAGAAGACGCAGUGCCUCGCUUUGAGAGGAGUAUUGGGGGCCAAAAAGAAAGACAUAACGCGUGUUAUUGAGGCCCACACUUCAAGGCGUUCUGCAAGGCGCAGGAAGCAUAUACGGGCUGUGCGAAUCCUGCAGCUCCUAUCCAAAAUUUUGAACGAGCCCAAGGCAGUCGACACAAUGUUUGUGCAUAUGGAUGAAGACAAGCCAUGUACACCCUGCAUUGUGUACUGCGGCAAUACCCUUGAAGGUGCUGAUGAGCUCUUCUUAUUUGCCGAGAAGAGGCAGCUGGCUAGAGUCAUCGAUGCACAGGAGGGCACCACUGCCAUGAUGGCUGCCUAUUGGGCAUUUGACUUCAGUUACGCCAAGCAAGCAUAUAAUAUAUCCUGUGUGCUAGAGCACCUCUUUCUAAAUGUGAGUGUGUCACUCCCAAAUUGGGUCGCAAGAAGGUUUAUUUCCGCUCAUAAAGCGGAAUACGAGAAGUAAGGUACAAAUAAAUUAU